GUUACGACUAGGCGGAAGCGCAUAAUUUACCGAACCUGAAGUGUUUCAGGAAAAAAGGGAAAACUGCUCAACGAGGAAGAACACGGUUAUAAAUCAUAACACACAGGACGGCGUAGACACUGUGUUUCGUGGCUGGAAGACUGGGUUACUCCACCUCUGUACAUCACGCCUGCUUCUUGUCACCAGGAGUUUACCCCUGACGUCGUUGUCGCCCAUCAUCAGUUCCCGACUCACUGAUCUCAGCUCCCCUCCCCACCUCUCAAGUCUGUAGUUUCAGCCCAGCUCAAGUUGUCUCAUCCAGAACAGCCUCUUAUCUCUGUCAAUGGCGGGACGUGGUGGAGGAGCAUCCAGGCCUAAUGGUGCCGCAGCAGCAAACAAAAUCUGCCAGUUCAAACUAGUGCUGCUGGGGGAGUCAGCGGUGGGAAAGUCGAGCCUGGUCCUGCGUUUUGUGAAAGGCCAGUUCCAUGAGUACCAGGAAAGUACAAUUGGAGCUGCCUUCCUGACACAGACCGUCUGUCUGGAUGACACCACUGUGAAGUUUGAGAUCUGGGACACAGCGGGUCAAGAGCGCUACCACAGCCUGGCUCCGAUGUACUACAGAGGAGCCCAGGCAGCAAUCGUGGUCUACGACAUUACUAACACAGAUACUUUUGCACGAGCAAAAAACUGGGUGAAGGAGUUGCAGAGACAAGCCAGUCCCAACAUAGUGAUCGCUCUGGCCGGCAACAAGGCAGACAUUGCAAACAAGAGAGCUGUAGAUCUUCAGGAGGCACAAACAUAUGCUGAUGACAACAGUCUACUCUUCAUGGAGACGUCAGCCAAGACUGCCAUGAAUGUCAAUGAAAUUUUCAUGGCUAUUGCAAAGAAGCUACCGAAGAACGAUCCUCAGGGUGGAGCUGGACCAGGAGGGCGGACCAGGACAGGAGUGGACCUACAAGAAGCCGCUCCUCAGGGCCGCAGUAGCCAGUGCUGUGGUGGCAGUAAUUAGCAAGUACAAAACAGUGUACUUUAGUGAGCGAGCCUUGAACAUGGUUUUAAGGACAGCACGUAGCUAAAACCCAGAAAGGCAGGCAAGGGCAGAGCCUCUCGCCACUCCUGCACUUAAACUGAGAUUACAGAUGAGAUUAUCUGGAUACUCUUUGAUUAAAGGAACAUUUUUUUAAAGAAUCAUAAGCUAGAGGGAAUAACAGAGAUCCCUCACUACUCUUCUCUUCUGUCUUUGCCCCCUGUAUCUAUCUACCUCCCUGUUCAUCCUCAACCUCUGUCUCAGUUGAUUAAAUUCUGUCUUAAAUGAUUUUUUUUGAAGGGUGAUAUUGAGGUUUUUGCCAUUUUUUUGUGUGUGUGUGUGUGUGUGUGUGUGUGUGUGUGUGUGUGUGUGUGUGUGUGUGUGUGUGUGUGUGUGUGUGUGUGUGUGUGUGUGUGUGUGUGUGUGUGUGUGUGUGUGUGUGUGUGUGUGUGUGUGUGUGUGUGUGUGUGUGUGUGUGUGUGUGUGUGUACUAUAUAUAUUAUAUAUAUUUACAUAUACACACACAUAUACAUAUAUAUUUUGAGUUGUUUACUUUUCUGCUCCUCUCAUUUCCCCUUCUCAUUGAUCAUCAUUAUGAAAAAUAAAAACACCCAACUGUCACAACUGAAAUUGCAAAUGAAAGAGCAAUUAAACUUACGGGGUUUUUGUCACAUUGCAAUUGAUAUCUCAGCAUUUUGUCGCUCUUUUUAGGGACCUGGGUCACACCACAGUGAUAAGGAAAUCUCUAGACGUUGCUUAUUGAAGCAGGUCAUGAUUUGUUAGGCUACACAUCUGAAGAUGUUUUUGAACUGAUGUGCAACAAAUGCAGCUGUUUGCAUUCAUUGUGUAUUGAUACCUGUAACAUCAGAGAGUUGUUAGCCUUUUUUAAGAGAAAUGUGAAAAUAACUUGUAAAUCUAAAAUAAUAAAUAACAUGAAAAAUGA